AUGCUUGAUGUUAAAGUCGGUGAACCUCUUCGUAUCGUGGCGAGGAACCAGAUUCAGCAAAACAAGCACCCAAUUCGUUAUGCAACUUUGAGCCAUUCCUGGGGCCACCAUGUGCCGAUACAAACCACGACAAAGACAAAGACAAAGUCUCUCUUUGAAGACUCCCUUUCGGAAGAUUUGCUUCCGCGAACCUUUCGGGAUGCUGUCGACAUCACACGGUCUCUCGGUAUCCGCUACCUCUGGAUUGAUUCCCUGUGCAUUGUACAGGAUGACCCCGAGGACUGGCAAGCAGAGGCGGUUCAAAUGAGGGACACGUACUUGGGAAGCACAAUCAACAUCGCCGCCAGCGAUGCUCUAGAUAGUACCCAAGGUUGUUUUCUGGAAGAAAACGGCGUUAUGGACUCUGUGACUGAGAGUUCUCUUGAUCCCAGCGACAGAGCUGCCAUCAAGGGGCCUGGUCCUCGCAUUUUCGUUUAUCAGCAACAAGAUCAGCUACUGAGCACUAUGAUCAGAUUCCAAGCCGGAACGCCACGAAAGCUUCAGGGCAGUACCCACUUGAGCACCCGGGGCUGGGUGUUGCAAGAGGAGCUUCUCUCGCACCGCAUCGUACAUUGUAUGAAGCCAGAGAUCCAUUGGCAAUGCAGAUGUUUUUAUAAAACACAAGCUGGCGAGACCUUUGAAGAUUUGGAACUGCUAAGCGGUGAUCGUCACUUGAAGCUUGCACCCUCGAGGCGGAAAGAGCGCAUCUGGCAUGAGUGGAUUGAAAAUUAUUCCGCACGAGACUUUACAUUUCCAGCCGACAGAAUCGCAGCAAUGGUGGGGAUUACAAGUCACUAUCAGCAAACAACGGGUUAUUCGCCACUCCUAGGCUUAUGGAGGGAAUCAUUUGCUGGGGACCUUCUAUGGCUUCGAAUAGGACCGGCGAAGGAGUCUGCCAUGGCCAACAUACCCUCUUGGACCUGGCUGUCUUGCAAUGCCCCAAUUUUCUUCGACUACUGGACCCUCUCGAUGCAAGAUCUUGAGACCAAACAAGACCAUGUUCUCCUAUCCACAUGCAACAUCACCUGGACCGGCUUGGCAAUGGCAUCCAGCGUGCAGUCAACAUCCCUGGUCAUCAAGGGGCCCCUCAAGGACCUCCGCUUCCGAAUCGCCCCAGAAUCCGGAUCUAACCCUCCUUAUUUUCAUCUGGAGGGGGAAGAAUUGGACUCUUCUCGCCCGAUGCCUUGGUCUUGUGCGGGACAAUUUGACGAUGCAACCAUUUCACGAGAUGGCUUCGAUACUUAUACCUGCCUGCUUGUGCGAUCAAGGUUCCAAGAGAAAUCGAAAUCUCAUAGGGAUACGUUUCUUAUCUUAGAACCGGUGGCAAGUUCUUCGCACGAGACACCAACUGGGCACCCCAGCUUUCGCCGGAUUGGUAUUGGUUCGAUUCGCGACAAAGAGAGUGCGUUUGUAUUGGCUGAGGAAAAGGAGCUGGAACUCUACUGA